AGAAAAAAAACAUACACAAGUAAAUGUACAUUUAAAAAAAAAAAACGGCAAUUUCCAAAUAACUGUAAUCAGUGAGACCAAGCUGUCUCAUUUCCACUUGACAGCCCUGAGUUCUAAUGAAUGUCCUAUAAUAUGCAGAAGUGAAUCGCAAUGUAGAACCAACACAUGAACCAAACCAUCUCAGCGGAUACAAGUAUCCUGUAUAUUCAUGCAGAUGGAACCAUUUCACAUUCCAGGUCACAAUAUUUUUUUUCUGAAGAGGUUAGGGAAUCUUUAUUAUCUUCAUCAUGUCAUAGAUUCAUGUCCAACUACUUGGCUACUUGAAAUCCCUGAAAUGUGCCACCUUGUCAUGUUCAGAAUUGUAGUUCACAUGAGGCCUCUAAUCUGUCAUCUUAUAUGGUCAUGCUAUAACUAUUUGGCUGCUUGUCAUCUCCUAAAUAUCCGGUUGUGGGCGUAAGUGUAACACAAUCAAAAAAGUUAUCAGUUGCGACUUCUGCAUUUAAAAACCACAGCAGUGUUAAACCAUAACCACCCCGGAAAAAAACUCAUCUAGAAAACAACACAAAUAGUUAAGCGGAGAAGUAAGCAUUGAGAGCGCUCUUCAAAAAUAAAAAACGGCCCUUUUAAAUUUGUAUCCUUUCAUGACGGGAUAUGUUCUUAAAACCAGAGAAACCUCUCUGCAUUGUGUUAUACCUUGCGCUUACAACCUGUGGCCUCAGACGCUGAAUGUAAUAAGGAACGAGGAUCCAGACCGGUCUUCAGAAAGAGACAGUGAAGGAUACACCGCCCUGCACUCUGCGAUUUUAACUUGGGGCCAUCACCUUAGAAAUUGGCCCAAACCAAAUCCUGGAUUCAAGACUACCCUGAGUGACGUUUUUGCCCGGGAUGAGCUCUGCCUCUGCAGACUCUGUGAUCAGGGCGUCAACAUCAACGCUAGGAGUGGCGACAGUAGCAGUCAGACUGCCCUCCACCUGGCUGUUCGCUAUGGGGUGCUGCCUGCAGUAGCCAUCCUGGCCAGCUACGGCGCUGAUGUCAACGCAGAGGACAGUAGUGGGAUGACCCCGCUGCACAUGGCCAGCGGAACUCUCCAAAAAGACAUCGUAUCUAGCCUCAUUAAGCUGGGAGCGGACAUCAACGCUGUAACCAGAUGGACAGGGAACAACCCCUUGCAGCAGGCCAUCACGGCUGUAGCCGUACGGGACCACCGAGGCCCGGCGUCCACCGGCCUGGGCUGUGUCGCGGAGCUCCUGCGUUACAGGGCCGACCCCGAGGUGGCCAACCGGGCCGACCUGACGCCCCUGCAGGAGGCCUGCAUCCACGGCCGGGAGGAGCUGGUGGACGUGCUGCUGUCGCACGGCGCCGACCUCAACCGGAGGACCGGCGCGGGCGAGGGCUGCCUCUUCCUGUUCCUGGACCGCCCGGUGAACGUGCGGCGGGCGGGGAGCCUGCUGUCAAAGCUCCUCUGCCUGACCCGACCGUCGGGCCUCUCCGUGCGGGACGGCGGCGGACGCCUGCCCGCCGUGCUGAUGAGGCCGUGCUACGCCGCGCAGAGAGACCGCCUCCUGGCUCUAAGCCGGCGGCCCAAGAGCCUCAAGGACCUGUGCAAGAACCGGGUGUAUCUGAGCCCUGCGCACGCCGGCAGAGAGCAGCUGAGGGACGUCCUGCCCGACACGAUUUUCGAUUUUGUAUUCAACCGCUGGGAAGCCCCCGGCGACGUCUCGUUCAGCACAGAGAAGGACGACGGCGAGUGCCUUGGAUAGCUGGGCGACAACCUAACCACUAAAGAACGGCUAUGAAAAACCAUUGCCUACUGAGCCGCCACCGCUGUGCACAUGGAGGAACGCACACGUCUGACUUUCCACCGCAACUUUACUUGUCGUCUUUUUAGGAGUGGGGGUUAUUUCCAGGGAGAGUGUUACCUUGAGGUCUCUGUGCAUCAUUCCCUUGGAGUGAAUGUAUUCCACACCUUCCAGUGUUUUCCGAAGCAAGCAGAGUGUGUGUUCCACAUCCACCAAGGCAUAGGGACCUGGGGAUGCAAAACCGCACACGCACACACACACACACACGCACACACACACACACACACACAAACACACAAACAAUUAAAACAUG